AAUCCGUCAUCACAGUUCACAGAACGGAAAAAAAAUCGAAUCGACUCGAAAUAGAAAUAGAAAAAAAUUGCCUGUAGAAAUCUUUAAUUUUUCAAAUCAAAUUCAUUUUAAUUACCUACAAAACAAAAACAAAAUGAUCGUAUCCAAAUUGGCACAAAUCAACGCACUUGGCAAAUUAUUUCAACAAAUUUUAGUCAAACAAAAAAAUCAAGAGAUUCUUAUGAGAACGGCUACGCACUAUCGAAGUGGAGCCUUGAAACCAAGGCCUGAAACCAUGCCAUUAGGUUGGGUUGGAGCUAUGUGUUUGGUAGUUCCUGGACUCUUAAUUGGGGCAGCUAUUAGCAAGAGUGUAGCUAAUUUCCUUGAGGAGAACGAACUAUUUGUACCUGAUGAUGAUGAUGACGAUGAGGACUAGGAAUCUGCAUUUACGGCUGCUGAGUAUUUAAUGACGAAACGUUUUGACCAAGUAAAAUAUGUAUUACCUUAAUAAUUGUUGAUUUUCUUGCUACAAGUUCAAGAGCUGACGAAUGUUGCCAUUUAGUUUUAUUUAUGUAUUUAUUUAUUUUAAAAAAAAUUUCUGUAGAUAUCCAAUAAAAACAGAUGUUUAAAAAAUAAAAAAA